CAGUGUGUAGUGUACGAUCGGCCGUCCAUCGGAUCAGGCACGGAUAACCAAGAAAUUUUGAGUGUUCGUACGAAAUAUUCCGAAGUUUCGAACCCUCUAUUCGUUAUUGUUUCUACUUAGUAUCUAUCAACUUUUCUUUGUAGUUACGCGAGAGCGGGUAUACUUUACAUUGAUUCUCAUUUGCUCGCUACACCACGCCGAGACGCGUCCAGAAGCCUUCGGUUUCGUAUCAUUUUAUACGCGUAUAUAUUUUUUAACCUAACACAGUUGUAAACACAGUGGAUAAAAAUAAGAAUAAAAAAUUGUGUCGAAAAGUGCGCCGAUCGAGAGCUCCGUCCAGAGGGUGCGAGACUCAACGGAGCAAACAUGCGUCGAUCGACGCAGUUAGUGGCGCUAGUGUGCAGCGUUCUUGCGACAGUCGCCGCGGAACCGUAUUACACGGUGAUCGCUCCGAAAGUCGUGCGUCCUAAUUCUGCGUACCUCGUAGCUGUUUCUACUACCGGUGUAUCAACGCCUAGCACCAUCUCUGUAGAACUCGACGGAGAAUUGGAUAACGGAGAUGCUUUCCAAGUAUCACAAGAGAACGUCGUUGAGCCUUACGUUACCAGGCUCUUCAAAUUGGAGGUCGGGGAUGCAUCUCCAGGUCGUUACAGGUUAACCGCGAGCGGCAUCGCGGGUUUCAUAUUCCGCAAUUCCACCGACGUCGAUUACGUGCACAAGAGUUACUCGGUUUUUAUACAGACCGACCGAGGGGUCUACAAACCUGGCAGCAAGGUCCUUUUCCGUUGCAUAGUUCUCGACUCGAAACUCAGACCCGUUCUUCAUCGUCCGCUCGAUCUCUACAUCACGGACGGGGGUGGAAAUAGAAUAAAACAGUGGACGCGAGCCCCCAUAAGUCGUGGAAUAUUCAGCGGCGAGCUUGACCUUUCGGAGUCACCGGUACUCGGCGACUGGAAAAUCGUAGCGAACGUCGUCGACCAAACUUUCGAGAAAGAGUUUCAAGUGGCCGAGUACGUUCUACCGAAAUUCGAGGUCUCCAUCGAUGCCCCGAAACACGCGACCUUCAAAGACGGCAAAGUCACCGCGACCGUUGAAGCAAAGUACACGUAUGGAAAACCGGUGAAAGGGGAAGCGACCGUAACCGCCUAUCCGGACAUAUUUUCUGGCGUGAUACAACCGAUAUUCCAAGCACCGGUGAGAAAAGUAGUGCCGAUCGAUGGAAAAGUUACGAUCGAUUUCGACAUUGUUACCGACUUGAGAUUGACGGACGAGUACGAGAGACCGAUACAAUUGGACGUUGCGGUUGAAGAGGCUCUUACGGGACGGCGUCAAAACGUAUCGAUGCAAAUGACCCUCCACAAACAUCGGUACACCAUGGAUCUCCUGAAAACCUCCGAAUAUUACAAGCCCGGUCUUAAGUACACGGCCUUCAUCAAAUUGACGAAUCACGAUGGAUCGCCUGUACGCGAUGACAAAAAUCCCGUCACCGUUUCUUACGGUUACACCUUCAAUCAAUCGGCUUAUACGAAUAUUACGCGUAUGCUCGACCGAAACGGAAUGAUUCAGCUCGACUUUUAUCCACCGCUAUCUUCGACGGACGAUCCUGCGCUUCCUCUCAAUAUCGAGGCAAAAUACGAGUCUCUCCACGAGUGGUUUCCAGCGACGAAUCAAGCGAUGUCACCGAGCAAUACGUUUAUUCAAGCGAGCCUGAAAACGGAGAAUCCGAUGGUGAAUCGCGAUGUCGAAAUCGAAAUAAAUUCAACGGCGCCAUUGAAGUAUUUGAGUUACGAGGUGCUGGGUCGAGGGGAAAUCAGGAACUCGGGAUCGUUGGAAGUUGCGAUGAGACGUACGGCCAGCUUCAGAUUUUUAGCGACUCACGUAAUGGCCCCUACCGCCCACGUUCUCGUUUAUUACAUACGAGAUGACGGUGAAAUCGUCGCUGACGCGCUCGACGUCGAUCUUGAAGGGGUUUUGCAAAAUUUCGUCGACAUAAAAGUCUCACCGGGUGAUGCACGGCCCGGAGAAUCGAUCGAUCUUACAAUCACCUCCAAACCAAACUCUUACAUCGGUCUUCUGGGAGUUGAUCAACGGUCUCUCAUCCUUAAAUCAGGCAACGACAUUUCUCAUGACCAAGUUAUGAAAGAACUCAAAUCUUAUGACAUGUCCGAAGAUUCGCCAUACGAUGAACCGUUUUUCCAACGACCCUUCUGGCGACCCGGAUCUGCUACAGCCCGAGAUGUAUUUCAAAAAAGCGGGACGAUCGUAUUGACCAAUGGUUACGUCCAUGAACAUUAUCCAUUUCGACAGAGGCCGGCGGGAUAUCCGGAUGGUAGAGUCGGGGGCUCGUCACGUGGUGCAUCCACGUUGAAACCGGACAUUGGUCCGCCGGUAUAUCACAGGCUUGCGACAAGGCCUCCAUUGGCCGGUCCUUACGCAUUCUCACGCAUCCCAACUCCCGUAUGGAAUAAGCCCCGUGUUUUCCCAAUGCAUGACAUCUCAAACACCUGGCUUUUCACAAAUUUUUCCUCAGGACACAAAGGAGAAACGAUGAUUCGUCGAACCGUUCCGGAUAGCAUCACGUCUUGGGUAUUAUCUGCUUUUUCCGUCGAUUCGACUCACGGACUGGGCCUCAUUCAGACACCGAGAAAACUCAAAGUCUUCAAACCAUUCUUCUUAUCGUUGGACCUCCCGUACUCGGUGAUACGCGGUGAAAUAGUCGCGGUACCAAUCGUCGUUUUCAAUUAUUUCAACGAGGAUGUUACGGCGGAAGUCGUUUUGGAACACGCCGGCCAGUUUGAGUUUGCUGAUUUGUCCAAUCGCGUUGACCAACAGAAACCAAAGCUCGAAUUGUUCAGGAAGAAAAAAAUCUUCGUCCCCGCGAAUAAUGGUGUAAGCGUCAGUUUCAUGAUCGUGCCGAGGGAAUUGGGAUACAUUAGCAUCAAGGCGACAGCAACUAGUAAACUCGCUGGUGACAGCGUCGAACAUAAAUUGCUCGUAAAGGCCGAGGGUGAGACGCAAUACAGAAACAAAGCCGUUUUCCUCGAUCUGAGGGAGAAGAACAGUGUGAAAACGAGCAUAACCGUUGACAUAGCGAACAAUACGGUGGUCGGUUCGGAACACGUGGAGAUAUCGGGAGUGGGCGAUAUUCUGGGACCGAGUAUACCGAAUCUUGCGAAUUUAAUAAAAAUGCCAUUCGGCUGUGGAGAACAAAAUAUGCUGAACAUGGUGCCGAAUAUCGUCAUAUUGAAUUAUCUGAAAAACACGAACCAACUGACUCAAGCGGUUCAAAGCAAAGCUCUCAAGUAUUUGGAAAUUGGUUAUCAGCAGGAAUUGACCUAUCGCCAUAAAGACGGCUCUUUCAGUGCUUUCGGAAUGUCCGAUCCCAGCGGCAGCACAUGGUUAACGGGAUUCGUUGCAAAAUCAUUCAAACAAGCCGCUGAGCACAUUACCGUGGAGAAGAGAAUAAUCGAUGAGGCGUUGCUCUGGCUGGCGAAUAAUCAGGCCCCAAACGGAAGUUUCCCGGAAGUCGGUAAAGUCAGUCAUCGAGACAUGCAAGGUGGUGCUGCGAAUGGCCUCGCUCUUACCGCCUAUACUUUGACCGCUUUCCUUGAAAAUCCCGAUUCUACUGAAAAAUACAGGAACUCGAUAAACAAAGGAGUGGAUUAUAUAGUUCGUCAUAUUCAAGAUGUCGAUGAUCUUUACGCCUUGAGCUUAUCAACUUACGUCCUUAAUCUUACGAGACAUCCUCACGAGGACGUUGCUUUCAAUAGGCUAGAAAAUAAGGCACGAAGCAAAGAAGAUUUGAAAUGGUGGAGCAAGCCUGUUCCCGAGGGUGAUAAAAAUCCUUGGUUCUCAUUGCCAAGGUCGGUUGAUGUUGAAAUGACCUCGUACGCAAUGCUCACUUAUUUGAGAAGAAAUCUUAUCACCGACGCCAUUCCGGUUAUGAAGUGGCUCGUACGGCAGAGAAAUACCGAAGGUGGAUUCUCCUCGACUCAGGACACCGUCGUAGGGAUUUACGCCCUUUCAAAAUUGGGCGAAAAGUUGUUGUCCGGUAACAACAGUGUUUCAAUUACAUUCAUGUACGAGGGUGGUGGACAAAGCCAGAUGAAUAUUAACUCGGCAAAUGCUAUGAUUCUUCAAAAACACGUACUUCCAAGAAAAACAAGACUCGUUAAUAUAACAGCGAGCGGAACAGGGUUCGCCUUGAUUCAAGUGUCGUCCCGUUAUAAUUUGAACGUAACCGGUGCAUGGCCGUUGUUUGGGUUGGAUCCGCAAGUCGACAAAAAUUCGAACGCGAAUCAUCUUCAACUCUCGAUUUGCUCCCGGUUUUUCCCCACAAAAGAGGCCAAUGAGAGCAACAUGGCUGUGAUGGAGGUCAAUUUACCUUCUGGAUUUACGGUUGACAUGGAUUCUUUACCGAGUCUUGAGACUUCUCAGAAUGUAAAACGCGUCGAAACGAAAAACGGAGACACCAUGGUCGUUUUGUACUUCGACAAAAUGAUCCGACAAGAAUAUUGUCCAACGGUCUCUGCCUUCAGAACUCAUAUGGUAGCGAAACAAAAACCGGUUCCUGUCUCCAUUUACGAUUAUUACGACUCGUCGAGGAGAGCACGAGUUUUCUACGAGCCUCGAAUCACGGAACCCUGCGACAUUUGCGACGAUGAUGAAUGCCGGGAAACGUGCGAGGGUCAAUCGAGCAAAUUGAACACAACGAGAGCAUCGGCUGACAGAGCAUCGUUAUCCGCAUACUUUAUUGUUGUUUAUUUGUUUAUUGUUAAUGUUGUUUAUCCUUUGAAUUAGGGACUGUUACGAACGAAUGAUUCGAGUCUACCGAGGGCUGGUUGUUUCAACCCCGGUUGAGCGAUCCUGCAAAUAAGACUCCACGGUUCGAUGCUUCUCACCAUCGAGUACUCUACUUGGAUAAAUGAUCCUUUGAACGAUAAAAACAUGGGUCGAAUUUGGUAACAAGUACAGACAAAAUUAUGUAUAGUCGGACGAAUAUUUUUCAAUCCAAGUCUUGUAUUAAUAAUAUUUUCUAUUUUAUUUUUAUAUAAAUAUUCUGAAGGCGAUUUUAAUUCUAACACAUUUAAAAUUUUGGAGAAAUACUAAAUUGCAUCGUAUAUGAAUAAUGUGUAUUAUGCAUUUAUCAGCGUUCGUUCGUUCGGAAUGACCGAUGUCGAGUCGCGUAUAUAUAACUUGAGAAUAAUAUGUCUGUAUUGUUACGAUACGGAGGAGUAAUCAAAACGUUGGCAAAUUUUUAGAUUGAAAAACGGUCGGAUUAUGAAUUUAUGUAGACAUAUAUAUAUACAAGGAUAGGAGAUAGAUUUAUAUAUUUGUCCCGUAGAGUGUAUUUGAAGCAAUGGAAAACACUUUUGUAAAACCUCAAAUGAAUUUGUAAAUUAUGAAUAGCAAUAGCGAAGGAGCAACGAUCGCAGGUUUACCAUUGAAAUUUUGUAACGUUUGCUUUAUUUUGAUGACAAUAAUUGAAGUUUGUUUCGUUGUUA